UUCUCCGGAUUUCACUGAAUGAUUGAAGGGGACAGCAGGAAGAUGCCAGUGUGUGUUCCCCAGUAUUGAGGUAUAAUGGGCUGUAUUAAGAGUAAGGAGGACAAAGGUCCAUCAAUAAAAUACAGAACAGAACCUAAGCCAGAUCCUAUGAGCCAGUUUGGCAAUGACCCAACACAAGUUGCACAGUCCCCGGCAGUCAAAGGACCCUCUGCUAAUUUUAACAGUCAUUCCAUGACGCCGUUCGGAGGUUCGUCUGGAAUAACUCCUUUUGGAGGAGCAUCUUCUAUCUUUUCACCAGUGCCAGUUCCUUACCCAGGAGGGUUGACGGGUGGUGUUACUGUUUUUGUUGCCUUAUAUGAUUAUGAAGCUAGGACAUCAGAAGAUCUCUCUUUUAGGAAGGGUGAAAGAUUCCAAAUAAUUAAUAACACAGAAGGAGACUGGUGGGAAGCAAGAUCUAUAGCCACUGGAAAAACUGGUUAUAUUCCCAGUAACUAUGUUGCUCCUGCGGACUCCAUACAGGCUGAAGAAUGGUAUUUUGGGAAAAUGGGUAGAAAAGAUGCUGAAAGAUUGCUCCUCAACCCAGGGAACCAGAGAGGAACAUUCUUAGUAAGGGAAAGUGAAACCACUAAAGGAGCAUAUUCCCUCUCCAUUCGAGAUUGGGAUGAAGUAAGAAGUGAUAAUGUGAAACACUACAAAAUCAGAAAACUUGACAAUGGAGGAUACUAUAUCACUACACGGGCGCAGUUUGAUUCGCUGCAGAAGCUUGUAAAACACUACUCAGAACAUGCUGAUGGCUUGUGCUAUAGGUUAACAACUGUGUGCCCUACUGUGAAACCACAAACCCAGGGAUUAGCAAAGGAUGCUUGGGAAAUUCCUAGAGAAUCUUUGAGACUUGAACUGAAGCUGGGUCAGGGAUGCUUUGGCGAAGUAUGGAUGGGAACUUGGAAUGGUACAACUAAAGUAGCCAUUAAAACACUAAAGCCUGGAACAAUGAUGCCUGAAGCUUUCCUACAAGAAGCGCAGAUAAUGAAAAAGCUAAGGCACGACAAACUAGUCCCUCUGUAUGCUGUGGUUUCAGAAGAGCCGAUCUACAUUGUAACAGAAUUCAUGUCAAAAGGCAGCCUUCUGGACUUCCUCAAAGAAGGAGAUGGGAAGUAUUUGAAAUUGCCACAGCUUGUUGAUAUGGCUGCACAGAUUGCAGAUGGUAUGGCCUAUAUAGAAAGGAUGAACUACAUCCAUAGAGACCUCCGAGCUGCUAACAUCCUAGUGGGAGACAAUCUUGUUUGCAAAAUUGCUGAUUUUGGUCUGGCUAGGUUAAUAGAAGACAACGAAUACACAGCAAGACAAGGUGCAAAGUUUCCCAUCAAGUGGACGGCUCCUGAGGCUGCUUUGUAUGGCAGAUUUACCAUCAAGUCUGACGUCUGGUCAUUUGGUAUUCUUUUGACAGAACUGGUCACCAAAGGAAGAGUGCCAUAUCCAGGGAUGGUGAACAGGGAGGUGCUGGAGCAAGUGGAGCGUGGCUACCGAAUGCCCUGCCCUCAAGGCUGCCCAGAGUCCCUACAUGAAUUAAUGAAGCUGUGUUGGAAGAAGGACCCAGAUGAGAGGCCAACCUUUGAAUAUAUUCAGUCAUUUUUAGAAGACUACUUUACAGCAACAGAGCCACAGUACCAACCCGGAGACAAUCUAUAAGAAGGAGACUAACCAUAAAAUGCACAAUACUUGCCAAAAGUAUACAAGAGACUUUGCAUAAGUUCUUACUUGUUCCUAUAGGGGAAUGGAGAGUCUUUAUCACUCUGCAUGCUUAUGGCGAAUUGGAAAUACAGUUGCACAUAACCACUUUGAAAGUAUUGCAAACGAAAUGGACAAAUCAUGUGAUUCAGAGCAGGUCCCAAAGAAUGGUCAUCAGUGGUGUGGAUGGUUGGUUAAGCCAUUAAGAACACAAUGUUCAGCCCGCUCUUUUAAUACAGGUUUUCUUUUGUUGUACUUUGAUCAAACAUUUCAGGAUUAUCAAAUAGGGGCUCAUCACUGGACCAAGCAUUUCAUUCCUGGUCAAUAUGAUGUCAUGUUUUUUUUUAUAUAUACAUCCUAUGCUGAGAUAUACAGUUUGAAAAUACAUUGCCUUCCACUUGCUACUAUGCCCAUGGAUGAAGUGAAGGGAAUUGGUAAUUAGGUUUUUUGUAGCCCCAUUAUCACCAAAAGGCUAAACACUGCGUGUUAAUUUUAGACCUUACUAAUACUCAGUUCCAAUAGGGUAUACAUCUCCCUUUUUGUUGCUGUUAUUGUUGUCAUAUAGGGGAGUUACCACAUUAUCUGAGUUUAUUGCAGAGUCUCUGAACCUGCCUCCAGAGGCUUUUCGUCUGUACUGAACCUCUCUUUAGAAUGACAAUUGAAUUGCCUAAGACUGCCUGCAAGACAUGAAGUGGUGUUUUAACAUCAGGCAGUAUCCAAAAAUAUUUAAUAUGCAUUUAAUGUGAUUCCUUUUUUUCCCUCAUACCGCUAAUGGAAAUCGGGAGUGGCUAAUGGUUAUUUAAAAUGCAGAUAAUCAUGUAUGCAAUCUCAUGCAUUUUUGAUACAAUUUUUUUAUUCUAUUUUUGUGACUUUUUAUUUGUAAGAAAUAAUCAGAAUCACACAUCUAUGACACUAUUGGGGAAAUUUCCUGUAGUUCAGGGAUUUCAGUGAUGGCACUUUGGCUUACCUUUGACUAAUAUAAGUGUGAGGUGACUGGAGCAAAAUGUGAAUGCUUUAAAUGACUGUAUUGUGACAUGGUUUAUUUACUGUGGUUAAAGCGCAAGGUCGGCAUUGCCAAGCUGGCCAGACAAACACGCUUGUGCAAAGUUUCACAAUUACAACUGACACAAAUCUGGCAAUAAUUUUUUUUUUUUUCUUAUAAUUUCAUUUACUUGUUAAUUAAUAUGUUUAUCUAACAAUAAAACAUACAAUUCUAACUUGUAUUUCCCAUUCUACAUUUCACACACCACAGUCUAGAAAAGUCAAAGAUCAGUUCCAA